UUUUCACAGCCCAUUGUAAGCAGUUCAAUAGAAACCUGCAGUCUUGUAGCAAACAGCCACUUCUUUCCAACAGGCAGGGAGCAAUGCACAGUCUACUGACAGGGCAGCUGAGCAGACCAACGGAGAGACAGGGCAUGUUCUCACUGCGCUAACAGACGCUUACGUCGCUAGUGGGGGCCCCUAAAUCCAGCUCUCUCGCUCAGCCAGCUCUUUCUGGGUAUGACUGCUGCUGGAUGCACAUGUAACCUCCUCUCUCCUAGCUGGCAGUGAAGGACCAAGCGGAUGGACUUGACCACUGGCUCAAUACACUGCUCGGCCGCCUCAGCGCUCAACCCGGAGCCCCUCUCAUCUCAAGGAGACACGCAUGUUCUGCUGAAAGAUCCACAGGUGGUUCAACGUUGAGCUGCAGGAGAAGAGGACCGUGGACAGCCUUUCUUUGCUUCCCUUUCCCCUGCUGUACAAGGUACAGUGUCUUCGGGAGUCAGUAUGCUUCAAAUUGCUGCAGUCUUCCUCCUGCUGAUCUGCACAAGGGCACAGGCUCAGGACGCCACGGAGACCCAGGGGCAGACCCAGACCCAGAACCAGAGCCCAGUCCAGGAGCAGCCGCAGUCAGCGGGCCAGGGCCAGGGCCAGGGCCAGGGCCAGGGCCAGGGCCAGGGCCAGGGCCAGGGCCAGGGCCAGGGCGGCUCGGCCACCCCCUGGAGGCAGGUCAUCCGGUGGGAAAACAACGGACGGCGCUUCAGUCUCCUGAACAGCGGGGCUGAGUACGUCCCGGCCGGGUCGCAGGCACAGGACACAGGCCCCAGGGUCGUCCUGGCAGACUCUCGCCACGACGCUCGCCCCCGCACGGCCCGCAGGCCUCAGGGGGGGAACGUCCGCAGACAGGCCCCGUCCAGGGGCAGCUCGGAGACCAUCCGGGGGCAGGCGCGGCAUCCAUUUGGCUUCGGGCAAGUGCCGGAUAACUGGAGGCAGACCCCGGGCGGGACAGGCGGCACAGGCGGCACUCGCUUCCAGACCUCUACGAACACUCGCUUCAGACAGCCGUCGACGGGCUCCUCCUCGUCCUCUUCUUCAUCCUUUUCUUCGUCCUCUUACAACGGGCCCCCGUUUCAACAAUACCCCUUCGCCCAGCAGCCCCAGCAGCCCCAGCAGCCCCAGUACCCGGGUGUGCCCUACGACCCCAGUCUGAUGGACGGACCGGUGAGGAGCUACGAGCCCCCCUUCCAGCCCAUGGUCCCAGGCGGUGGGUACGGCGGCGGGGGCUACGGCGGCGGGGCGUACGGAGGUGGAGGAGGGGGGGGUGUAGGAGGGGGUGGAGGAGGGGGGUACACUGGGACAUUUGGGGGUGGUGUUGGGGGAGUGGGUGGUCAGGGGAGCCCAAUGGGGGGAGCGGGGAGCCCAGUGGGCCAAGGCCCCUUCACCGACUACGAAGACGGAUACCGCUUCUACCAGCCUUACGGCUACGCUCCCAACCCCGCGGCCCGGGCGCCGCCGCCGCCGCCGCCGCAGCAGCAGCAGCCUCCUCAGCCGCCGUUCGCAGACGGCCUGGACCGCAGGUACACUCACAGCCUCUACAACGGGGAGACUGCCGCCGCGGUGCCCGAGGCACCUGUCCCGGUCGGGGUGGACCGGACGGGAGCGGCCGCACAGUCCCCGGUCAGGAGCCCUCAGUACGAACAGUUCCCGCCCUUCGGCAGGCCCCAGCCGCCGUUCGUUCAGCAGGUUUCCCCGGGAAGAGUCUCUCCGAACUCGGCGAUCGAGAACCCGGGUCACACGGCGGGGAGUGUUUACCGGCAGGAGCAGAGAGGAUUGCCUGAUCUGGUUCCUGAUCCCAACUACGUCCAGGCAUCCACGUACAUCCAGAGAGCUCAUAUGUACUCCCUACGCUGCGCUGCUGAGGAGAAAUGUCUGGCCAGCACCGCCUACACGCCUGAGACCACGGACUACGACGUCAGGGUCCUCCUGCGCUUCCCCCAGCGGGUGAAGAACCAGGGCACGGCCGACUUCAUGCCUAACAGACCUCGCCACACCUGGGAGUGGCACAGCUGCCAUCAGCACUACCACAGCAUGGACGAGUUCAGCCACUACGACCUGCUGGAAGUGUCCACCGGCCGCAAGGUGGCCGAAGGACACAAGGCCAGCUUCUGUUUGGAAGACACCACGUGUGACUUUGGCCACCUCAAACGCUACGCCUGCACGUCCCACACUCAGGGGCUCAGUCCAGGCUGCUAUGAUACAUACAAUGCUGACAUAGACUGCCAGUGGAUCGAUAUCACAGACAUACAGCCAGGAAACUACAUACUCAAGCUCCAGGUUAAUCCCAAGUAUCUGAUACUGGAGUCAGACUUCACCAACAACGUAAUCCGCUGUAACAUUCAUUACACGGGGCGCUUCGUAACGACAACAAACUGCAAGAUAGCACAGUCCUGAUCAGGUCCAGGAAGACGGCCAAGCCUGGAUGAGAGUCUUGGAUGGAUUCUGUUCCAUUGAAAUGUGAACAGAAUCCUGUUGCACCUGUUUGAUACUGGUUUGGAACUGGUUUGUACUUUUGUUAAAAAAAAAGAUAAUAUUUUAUUGACCCAUGACAAAUAUAAUUUUUCAACAUAGAAUUAAAUCGAAGGAAAAUACACAGAGAGGUGCCAACUUGCACACACACACACACACACACACACACACACACACACACACACACACACACACACACACACACACACACACACACACACACACACACACACACGCAUGCACCUGCAUGCACAGACACAAACACUUGGCAUGAAACACAGCGGUUGUCAUCCUCUACCAACGCCACAGCGUCUCAUCAUGCUAGCCUGUCCCCAGCCAAUCACAGAGGGUUACCGUGUCCCUGUUGGACACAUCUGCAUCCAAAAAAAACCAAACCCACAAACAACCAUAUGUGCACGCUCCGCUGGUUCUGGUCCGUUUGAUUACCAACGCACCAUGUACUGCUGCUGGUGUUUCAAUGGGUUGUCCCGGGCGAUUCUGGGUUCAGCUGCAGUACAACAAAUGAAAUUAGGGGCAAGUCCCUUCCAAGUGCUUUCAACCGUGGUGUGUGUGUGUGUGUGUGUGUGUGUGUGUGUGUGUGUGCGUGUGUGUCUGGUUGGGGAUUGGGCUGGGGUCGGGGAUGGGGGGAGUAAUGAUCAGUGACACAGAAGAGCCUUAAUGUGUUGGUUUGUUUCUGUUCACUUGUGUCUGUCGGGCUGGGCCAGCAUUGCCGAUACCGCAGAUUCUCUGGGUACAAUCGGUUUAAUGUUGUGUGUGUGUGUGUGUGUGUGUGUGUGUGUGUGUGUGUGUGUGUUCGUGUGUUCGUGUGUUCGUGCGAGGCCCUGUUUGUGUCUUAGACUCCCCCCUUAGUCAGACACCAGGUUGCCUGGACCUCAAUACUAAGAUGCUUUUCUCUCUCUAAAUCCCCUCAAAGCAUUUUCUUCCCCCUGACCCAUUCCACCCAUUUCUUCCCAAUACAACAAACACACUACCAAACAAACAGCAGUCUGGCUGGUGGAUUUUGCUGCCUCAAUAAGGUGCUUCUCAGAUAACAGGAUUCACGCUGUGCGAACACUGAGGUGCACACCCUUCGGUGGUGGUCCCUUCCUCGGCCACCAACCCUGGUCCAGAGCCAGAGCCAGAAAGACCAGCUAUAGCUUAGUAAUAAAUCUGUCAUCACGUACUGUAUAUCGAACCAAUGUUGUCACUGAUUCACUGAGUCUCCUUUGUAUGAAUGGAGUCGUUUAUCGGACUGAUUCAUCGAGACGGUCACUCGACAGUGUGGGGUGUUAUGCCAAGAAGAGGCGACUGCUACUGCCUGUUAGUCCCCACCUACCUCUCUCACUGAGUGUUCCGUUUCAGUGUGUAGGAGGAGCCAAUGGUAAUCUAGCGAUGGCUCUGAAAACGCUUCCUCCAAUUCUUUUCCCCCCGACUAUAUUGAGGACGACAUGUUUUGGGGGAAUGACCCGAUAAACAGGUUUUUGAAAUUGUGUUCAUGAAUUAUUAUAAAGAAAAGAACGGCGUGUUUUGUUUAGUGAGCAUUUCUCGAGUAUAGUGGAGCCAAUGUAUUAUUGUAUCAUUAUUGUGUAAAUAAGGAAAGCAUUUAUCUUUGUUCUCAUGUGGAUUUCUUACUUGGUGCGACCGUUUUUUUAAUGUUUGUCUUACUUUUGAAAUUCAACGGCAAAUAGUUGUAAGCAUACAUUAGCCAAUCUACGGAGUACAACAAAUAAAGAACAUCUUUCCAUGUUGUA